UCUUCUUUGACUUCCCUUGUGAUCACCCACCAAGCAACAAGUCCUUACCUUGAACCUUGACGAGGAGGCACCAUACCUUACGAAGACAUCCUCAUCAGAAACAAUCCCACGCUGCUCGUGCCAUUGGAAUCGAAUCCAGCCAAGCAAGGUUUGAACGCAUCGAGAAGAUGGAUUCUGGUGCUUCUUUCUUCCACUCAUCGAGACCAAGCUCUCGCAAUUCCCAUGAUGGUUUUGCGGACUUGGCUCGCAUGAUGGUUCCUUCGGAUGCCAAUUUAGCAGGCAAUGUGCAUGGAGGCACCAUUAUGCAAUUGAUGGAAGAAGCCGCUGGAGUGGCUGCCAAUCGCUAUUUUUCCGUCCACAAGCACCAACGAAUUGUGGCACUCUUGUCCCGUGUCGAACGGUUGACGUUUCAACAUCCCAUCCAUGUGGGCGACGUAGCCCAAGCAACCGCCAAGGUGGUCUAUGCAUCGCCCCACAGUGUGGCGGUUUGUGUCCAAGUGCGAGCGGAACGCAUGCCUUGGUCCACUGCUAGUGGUAUUAGUAGUAGUAGAGACAAACCCAAAGAGUAUGGAGACGACACCAUUUGCAAUCGAGCACUCUUGUGGUUGGUAGGAGCCAUUCUCCCAAAAACAUCACAUUCGGUCCAUCAAAUCAAUCCCAAACAAUACACCCGAGCGUUGGCGCCACCUUUUCCCGUACCUAGCAAAGAACAAGAUUGGGAGGCAUGGAUCAACUAUCAACAAGCUUCGGAUCUCUACCAACAGAGCAAACGAAAAUGUGACAACAUUAAUGAGGAAGCAGAAGACGAAAUGGACAAGGACGAGCUUGCGACACAGCCUCAAGUAGUUCAAGAGACCACAGCCACCACACAACAGCAAUCCAGUCUGCCGUUGCAGAAAUUGACUCCGGAUCACAGUGCCGUGGAAUUGGUGCAAGUCAUGCUGCCCGCCGAUUGUGUCAGCAGUACGGGUUUGGUGGCCGGUGGCGUCGUCAUGAAGCUCAUGGACAAUGCGUGUGGUGUGGUGGCCGUUCGACAUUGCGGUACCAACACGGUCACGGUCUCGGUCAAUUGCGUCAAUCUGGUGUCCCCGGUGCUCUUGGGAGACAUUCUCAAGAUUCGAGCUCGCCCCGUGUUUACGUCGGCCAAGAGUAUUGAAAUCAUGGUGAAGGUCACGGCCGAACGAUUCUCUCUGGACGACAGCAGUGGAACGUUGAUGCGACAAGAAAUUGUGACAGCCGAGCAAGCAUUCUUUACCUUUGUGGCAUUGCCAAUCGUCAUGAGCAGCAGCAACAAUAAUAAUCGUUCAGACGGAUCUGUAAUAGCUUCCCUGCCAAUGACGCCAUUGCACCUGGAAAGCCCAGACGACCAGGCCCUCUAUGAACAGAGAAGAGUCAAAUACAAGCAACGCAAAGCAUCGCUUCAACGAGUCAUGGCAAAACUGUAA